CCCCCCUCAGAAGGUGCUGGAGAAAUGUGGAACGUACUCUUUUAAAUCUUUGUAACACCACAGGGUCAUACCACAGUUUGACUCUGAUUUUAUCUGUUUGCGUUGUGCUGGCUCCGUCUGCAUUUUGAUCGCUCCCUCUCCUCCCGUGGCUGAUCAAAGCGCAUCGCUGCGCUUCUGCCUUUCUGCGCCAGCCGCGCACAUGCACACACGGCAAGGAGCAGACUGGCAUCACUUGACAUCUCCCGGCUUCCUCAUUUCAGUAUCAACUGUUCACCAGAAGAGAAGCAGGUCUGGGGCUAGGGCGCUGAGCGGGUGCACGUCUCCGUGCGCGAGCAGGAGGUCAGCGCACGGAGCUGCCUGAAACUGCCCAAUGCUAUUUUUCACCAGCUUGGCUUUAGAAGAGACAGGUCUGUGGAUGUGUUUCACUUUCCGCUUCGGCUGGGCUGCAGCAACAGCUUCAAAGCUCACGGCUGGUGCUGCUGCUCUCCUCUGCGAACAAACUUCUUGCUGAAGGAUUCCUUCCCCUCCGUAAAUCGAUAAUAAUGACAGAGCUGCAGUUUAAAGAUGCAUUUUGGUGCAAGGACUUCACUGUGCACACUGGCUAUGAGGUGCUGGUACAACGACUGCUGGAUGGAAGGAAGAUGUGCAAAGAUGUGGAGGAUUUGCUCAAGCAGAGAGCACAGGCAGAAGAGAGAUAUGGGAAAGAGCUGAUUCAGAUUGCUCGAAAAGCAGGAGGACAAACAGAAAUCAACACACUGAAGGCAGCAUUUGAGAGCCUUAAGCAACAAAUUGAAAGCGUUGGAAAUGCUCAUAUCCAGCUGGCAGUAAUGCUGAGGGAUGAACUGAAAGGAAUAGAGGAGUUCCGAGAACGACAGAAAGAGCAAAGAAAAAAGUACGAGUCUGCAAUGGAGCGCACGCUAAAGACCAAGUUGUUGCAUUAUAAGAAAACAAUGGAGUCAAAGAAGACCUACGAGCAGAAGUGCAAAGAGGCGGAUGAGGCUGAGCAGGCCUUUGAGCGGACGAGCGCUUCCGGCAACCAAAAGCAAACAGAAAAGAGUCAGAACAAAGCCAAACAAUGCAGAGACGCAGCAAAUGAAGCAGAGAAGGUGUACAAACAGAACAUAGAGCAGCUGGAUAAGGUCAGGACAGGCUGGGAACAGGAACACAUCAAAACCUGCGAGGUCUUCCAACUCCAAGAGUGCGACCGCAUCACCAUCCUCCGAAACUCACUGUGGGUUCACUGUAACCAGCUCUCCACAGAGUGCGUGAAAGACGAUGAGCUCUAUGAAGAGGUUCGGGUCAGCUUGGAGAACUGCGUUGUAGAGUCAGACAUAGACUACUUCAUCAAGACCAAAAUGACGGGGACACAGCCUCCAGGUGCAAUAGGAUAUGAGAACUAUUACGACAGAGAACCAGCCAGAACUAACAGCAGCCCGACCCAGUCUUGUGGGAUGAUGAAAAGAUUCUCUGGACUACUGCAUGGAAGCAGCAAAAACAACGGGGAAACCGUCAUUCCUUCUGCCCCUCCUCUUGUAGAGAAAACAGAUGGGGUCUAUGCAUCCAUUUUUGUAAAUGAUCAAGCAGGAAUCACAUCAUCACAGGACUACAGAGUACUUUAUGACUACACAGCCCAGAACAUGGAUGAACUGGACAUCAGUGAAGGAGACAUUGUAGUUGUCAUUGAAGAAAGAGAGGAUGGCUGGUGGACAGCAGAAAGGAAUGGGCAGCGAGGCUAUGUGCCAGGGUCCUAUCUUGAAAAGCUCUGAUGAAAAGUAGUUGCAGUCCUCAGACUUCAAAAAUAUUCUACUACUGAAAGAAAUAGCACACAAGGUCUGCUUCAGUUGAUCAAAGGCACUCCAUAAUAUUGUCCUCUACAAUUAUUAGUCAGGAAAUAACCAACUGACCAUGCUUUUCUCUUCUUCCUCUUCCCAUGCCCACCUUUUGGCCUACAUUGCCUGAGAAAAUUUGCUUCACCUCGGAGAGGCUAGAACUUGUGUUUCUUACCAAGUUCCUUCACACCUUUGGCACACUGUGGUGCCAACAAUGUCUCAAAGCUUGACAAAUCCAGGAGAACAACCCUGACCAGAACUUUACUGCACUAAAUGAAAAAGAUCCAAGAGAUAGAUGUUUCUCCAGGAUGGGGGAUCACCUCCAGCCAGCCUGUGACCCACUCAUGGUCCCAGCAGCCACAUUCUCUGUUAUCAGUCCUCUAAUCUAACUGCACAGGCCACACAAGCAUCUCUGACGGGGGGGGGGGGGGGGAAAUCUAGAGGGCACACAUAUUCCACGGGCAGAUACCUUUGAUGGUUGAGGGUCUUAGCUGUACAAAGCAAGGCAGAAGCUCUUUUAAGUUCCCCUCUACAACACACGGGUAUCCAGGGAGAAAGGUGGGGAAUCCUCGGCUAUUCUUUAUCACAGUCAGUGAUAAAAAUAUGAGAAACAAUGAAUGCAGCUAGACAGAAGCACCUGAAGGACAGAGACACACACUGGUAGGAAGAAAUCAUAAAGCCAUGCCCACCACAGUGAUCUAGCACAAUGAAACCCAUGUCUUCUAUGGCUUUGCUUUGCGCUGGAUUCUGGAGCAGCAAAAUAAGGACAGAUGAUGAGCCCAAGGCUGGCUUUUGCUGGCUGGAUAGUUUACCAGACACCUCACUAGCAUUUUUCAUAUCUAAAUAAAAGGAACUAAGCAAAGCCUUCCAGCAGCGCGGCACUGCCCUGAUCACUCUCCUCUGAGAGAACUGCCGAUUAUCUUCUCAUGCAACCUGCAUAUAAAUAUCAUCAGUUAAAUCUCCUUCCAGCUCACUUGUCCACCUGACUGAUCAUUUCCAUUUCCUUUUCUUCCCACAGGCUUUCCUGGCUCUUUAAAUGCUAUCUACAGCCUCUGCAUCUCUGAGAUGGCUAGCACAGGAUUAUCCUUGUUCCUUUCCAGUUACUCACCCUGUGCUUGCUUUUCAACAAACUCUCUUCACUGAACCUGCACAGGGCAACUUCUCUGUAUUUCACAGCCUUUCAGCAGUAUCAGUCUUUUUAUUUUAGUAUGUAGGACUGUUUCCAGCUGCCACUGCACUUACCAAUGAACCAUUACAUACUUUCAGCCACUCCUCUCUUUUCAAUAUUUAGAAGUGGUUUAAAAAAAAAAAAAAAAGAAAAAAGAAAAAGAGAAAAGAAAAAAAAGAAAUGAGUGAGGUGAAGAGAUCUAUUUCUGGGGACAGAAUGACCUUGUUUGCCAAAGUUUCAGAUUUUAAAACUGAACCAAGUCAAAGAAAACGAGUGAAAAUUGUUACCCAAAAGGCCCAGAGGAACUGUUAGCUAAGUCUCAGUGAGGAAACCAAAGAAAAUCUAGAGAGAAGACAAAGCCAUAGUGGUCAAUGGGAUUGUUCCUUAAAUGAGCUACAGUAAGGGUCAGAGACAUUUGCAACAUCUUAUUCUAAUUCCUUGCUUCCAGAGUGGAAUAAAAAUUGCUGUAGGUCCUUUCUCCUCAAUUUUCCUGCAGUCCUUUGCACAGGCACACUUGCCCUUCCCACACUUCCCCAUGCUACUAAGCAGCGUAUCUGCAGUGUCAAAGCACUCUGUACCUCUCAUUAGCAAAGGAUCAGUAGACCUGCAGAAACCGAAUGGCAUUUAAGGCACUAUGUUAUAUUAACAGUAGCGUUCGUGCAGGUUGAGGAUGCCAACGACAGGUUUCUGUGGCCAAGUCUGAAUUUGCCAGUGAUAGAAACAUGGUCCACAAUAGCCUUCAGUUAGGCCACUGCACUGUAAAUGGCAGUUGUCAAAGACAACUGCAACAUAGCUAGCUCAUCAUGUACAGCAUGAGAGGAAACUUAAAGUAUGAUAGAUUUAAUAUAUUUGCAUCUUUAUUACCAAGUCUUUCAUAAACAGAAUUGUAAUAAACCAACAAAUACAUAUGUAUAGGUAAAUAUUUUGCAGAUGAUCUUGAUUAAAGGGAAAAUAAUAUA